AUGUAUCAACGUCUACGUGACACGUCUAUCACCAAAAUGCAAGCGAAAGCAUUGGAACACGUUCAAAAAAUAUACGUAUCACCAAGUGUGACGCAAUAUUUACUUAGCGUAAUACAUUUCACCAUUCGGCUCAGUUCUUUCUACAGCCAAUGCCGGGUACGGCCGGUCACAAAACACCGAGAGUCAUUUGGAAGUUGGUUUCUGCAGUUCUUGAAAAGUUUCCCAGAUCUCUGUAGGACAGGACAGGGUCACUGUGUCCGACUAAAUGCAGUUAUAUAUUGUUGGCGCGUUGUCGAGAUUCUCAUUUCGUUUAUUAUGAAUAGCAAAACUGACGCGCUUAGCGCUUCCUCACAGAUCCGUCUCUUGCGCUCCUCUGUUCAGCUACCUGUUGGACAACACCGCACCUCGUCCGCUUCAUUAUUCUCUUAUUCAGCGUCAGAUUUCAUCUACGAUUUAAGGAAUCCGAAAGAUAAUGAGAGUCGUUCCAAAUUCGAAGAUGUACUUAUAUCCAAAUGGGAAGACGCCAAGAAGCAUAAGCUACUGAACUACGAUCUAAACUGCAUGUACAAACUUCUGGAGGGUGAUUUUAACUUUUCCAUACAGCUUAAUGUUGAACGUGGAGAAAGAAGGCGUAAACCCAUGCAUUUCCGAGCCGUACGUGAGCCGUUUAAUAACCUGAGAUGGAAUUUUACGAAGCUGAAAGAGAAUGAGAUACUGUUAUAUCUGCAACGCAAGGAUCAUUUAUUAAACACUGAUCCAUUGGAUUAUCAUGCUGUUGCAAUUAACGCCGCACCGCUUGCAAGAGGACAUUCCUUGCUGUUACCAUACAUGAAUCGCUGUGCACCACAAAUUCUGUCCGAAGUAGCAGUUCGUUUGGCAACCGAUACAAUGCUUUUAACGAGGGACAAUUCCUUUCACGUCCUAUUCAACAGCCUUUUGGCAUUGGCUUCCAUUAAUCACCUGCAUCUUCAUCUUUUAACUUGGCCAUAUGAUUCUGACUUGAUCAAUCGUAGGUGUGAACAUCUGUUCGACAAUAUAUAUAUAGUCAAGCGUCCGAUAUGGUUUACAUAUGCUAUCGUGUUCCAGCUAACUGCCCCAGAGCAGUAUGAAAAGUUCGUGAUAAGUAUAGCACGUUGUGUAGACUAUCUAAGCACUCAUGAAGUAGCGCAUAAUAUAUUUUUCUCGCGUGCACAACCACUAAGAACAUCAGGCGCUAUUCAGUCAGAAGAUAAAACAAAUGUACUUCCACAGCUUGUCACUGCAUACAUUUUCCCACGUGUCGCUGUUGUUGGAGUCAAACCGGCGAAAAGUUUCAGUCCAGCAUCUUUGGAGCUCUCGGGAUGUUUGACUGCCUACACAUAUCAGUUUUUUGAAACAGUAACUGAAGAGGGAGCAUUACGCAUAAUAGACGAAGAGGCGACAUUGCCUGACUCGCGAUUCAAUCAGAUUUGUUCCGAACUAAUACAAGUUCUGUACGGGAAGAUGCUGGACGAACAAAGCACCACUGACGAAGCUGAACCGGCAGGUUUUCUUACUGUCACCAUGACUGUUAUUCUGGAUGGAGUUCUGUCAUCGCCAGAAUUAGACGAAUUACGCGACUCGUUCCAAACAUUCGAAAUGCAUUCACCAAGACGCUUUUCCGCUACAAAUUAUCAACGAUUUACAUUUGAAGACGAAGUCAAACCAAUUAACACCAAGCCGGGAACUUCUCCGUGA